AUGGAGGAGUACAUUUCUCUUGAUCAUAUGACUCUUUGUGAUGAAACUGGAGGUGGGUAUUAUCUUCCUCACCAUGCCGUCAUCAAGGAUUCCAGUGAAACCACCAAGGUUCGUGUAGUGUUUGACGCCUCGGCCAAAACUUCUACGGACAUUUCGCUCAACGACACCCUCCUGGUUGGUCCCACUAUCCAAAACACCAUAUUCGAACAAGUUCUUCGAUUUCGCACUCAUCGCUAUGUCAUCACGGCGGACAUUGAAAAAAUGUAUUGUCAAAUCCUGGUUCAUCUAGAUGAUCGACAGUUCCAAAAGGUCUUAUGGCCCUAUCAGGGCAAUCUUCGAACUUUCCAACUGAACACUGUGACUUAUGGUACAGCCGCUGCUCCAUUUCUAGCAGUUCGUACGAUCCAACAACUUGCUCGUGAUGAAGCACACGAUUUCCCACGUGCCAGUAAACUUCUUUUCCAUGACUAUGACUAUGUCGAUGAUUUCAUCCCUGGUGCCGAUUCUUUAGAUGAACUCUUAACUAUCCGUGUUGAGAUGAUUGCUUUAUUAUCACGCGGUGGUUUUGUCAUUCGUCAAUGGUCGUCUAAUCAUCGUUCAGCUUUGAACACCAUCGAUAAAAGAUUCUUCAAUUUAGACUGUUUGAUCAAGAAUGAUACAGUCCAGAAAACCUUGGGAAUCAUAUGGGAUGCCCAAAAUGAUCUGUUGCGGUACACCUUGAGUCAGGUUGAUCCUAACGUCGCUGCAACGAAACGCAAACUCCUCGCUGAGUUGUCGAAAAUCUUUGAUCCUUUAGGGCUACUAGGUCCUGUAACUUUAUUCGCUAAAGUCUUAAUUCAAGACUGCUGGAAGGCUAAGGUCACUUGGGAUGAAUCUCUUCCUCAGGAGGUUCACACCAAAUGGACAUCGUUAGCACUUCAAUCACCAAGGUUACAAGAAAUCUCAUUUUCUCGACAAAUUCUGAUCUCUAAUCUUUCUCGAAUCGAAAUCCAUGGAUUUUGUGAUGCCUCCAUUCAUGCAUAUGGGGCUUGCCUGUAUAUCAAAUCCAGCAAUUCACAAGGUGAUGUGUUAAUCAAACUGGUCUGCAGUAAAUCUCGAGUAGCACCCUUGAGCGGACUUAGCAUUCUUCGAUUGGAACUCUGCGCAGCCACCAUCCUCAAAAGGUUAUAUCUCGAAACUAAGGAUCAGUUGGACUUCUCCAUUGAUCAGGUUUAUUUGUGGUCUGAUUCCACUAUCGUUCUUUGCUGGUUCAAGAAAGCCCCUCAUCUUUUAAGAACUUUCGAAUUAAACAGGAUUGCAGAUAUCCAAGUUUUAGGAAAUCAAGUUAGCUGGAGACACGUCCGGUCUGAGGACAACCCAGCUAACGCAUUGUCUCCAGGACAACUUUCAUCCGACUUCGUCAAAAAUUCUCUCUGGACUUCAGGUCCUAGAUGGCUAGUUCUCGAUCAAUCCCAAUGGCCGCAGUCGAUCGGACCUUCGGUCACUCAAGUGCCUUGGCUAAAAAAGAGCAUCUGCCUACUCACUAACAUUUCAUGUGAAUCUAUUUACGCUCGUUUCUCGAACUUCGAACGAUUUGUACGAGUUGUUGCUUACAUCCUGCGUUGGAAGAAUCCACAAGCUCCUCGCAAUCAUCCACUCUCUGUUGAGGAAAUCUACGAAGCCGAAUAUCGCAUCUUCAUGAUGGUUCAGCGUGAACGAUUUCCCAUCGAACUCCGAAAGCUUUUGACCAAUCAAUCUUCAGAAGGUUUAGUCCCUUCAUGUUUGAGGGGAACUCCAUUUGAUCAAUUACAUCCAUUCGUGGAUGACAAGGGAAUCCUCCGUGUGGGUGGACGUCUCAAAAGGUCGGAACUUUCCUAUAAUCAAAAACGUUCCAUUUUGUUGCCCAGUAAACAUCCUGUUACGGAUAUGAUCAUUCGACAGGUUCAUUAUUCAAAGCUCCAUGCACGGAUCCAAAGCACUCUCCACGCCAUUCGAACCAAAUUCUGGAUCUUAAAUGGUAAGGAUCAAAUUAGGCAACUUGUUCGUCAAUGUGUUGAAUGCACCCGCCAGAAACCAAAGUCGGUUCAUGCUCAGAUGGCUGAUUUGCCUAGAGCUAGACUUAACGAAGCACCAGCUUUCUCUCGAACAGGUGUCGAUUUCUUUGGACCAAUUCUCAUCAAGGAGAAGAAAGAUCGCAACCGAUCCUUCCUCAAAACCUACGGUUUUGUGUUCGUUUGCAUGGUUUCUAAGGCCGUACAUAUCGAGCUUGCCACGGACCUUUCCACAGAAGGUUUUGUAUCAGCUUUUCGAACGUUUGUCAGUCGCAAAGGGGUUCCUGGACAUGUCUACUCUAACAAUGGAACAAAUUUCUUUGGAGCGAACAGAGAACUCAGCGAACUUUAUGAGCUCAUUUCCACCCCUGAUUUCAAAGAGAUAGUAGGAAACUACGCUUUCUCCGGGCGCAUCGACUGGCAUUUUAAUCCGCCACUGUCUCCCCAUUUGGAAGGGAUUUGGGAAGCGGCUGUAAAACGUUUUAAGCUUCACUUAAAGCGCAUUUUGAAGGAUCACAAGUUCACUUAUGAGCAACUUAACACCUUUCUAAUCGAAAUCGAAGCGAUCUUGAAUUCGCGACCUUUAUGUACUCUUUCAGCCGAUCCCAAUGAUCCCUUAGCAAUAACUCCAGCUCACCUGUUGAUAGAUAGACCAUUCAACGCUCUGCCCGAAAAAUCGUUUCUUUCAGUUCCAGAUAAUCCUUUCUCUACAUAUAAUUUCAUCACCAAGGCCAAACAAGAUUUCUGGAAUAAGUGGCACAAGGAAUAUCUCCACGAAUUACAGACUCGUCAUAAGUGGCAGGACUCCACUGCUGAACUCAAACUGGGUUCAGUAGUCCUUCUCAUGGAUGAUCGUGUCACCUGUGCAGGAUGA